AAUAGUGUAGAAUUUCCUUUUUCAUAAAUGAAAAUUGUACAAUUCUAUAGUUUCUGAAUAUUUUUAUAUUUGAUCAUCAUAUUCUAUUCUUUUGCAUGAAUUUCCAUUUUUCUCAUAUGUUCAUUAAGUUCCUUUUUGGUUGCACAAUACAAAUAUGUAUGAAACCCUACCAUGAGUCCACCAAUAGUACACGUACUUGAACAGCAUCCUCAACUUCUGCCUUCUCCACCAACCACCGUCAUCACCACCGGAACUUCAAUAUGGCCGUAAAAGAAUGUGGCUCUCACGGAAGCAGCAACUCACCCCGCCUCCUCAACUUCCUCCGUCGUUAUAUCAUAUGGUUGAUAAUACUCAUUGUCGUGACCAUCAUUGGAAGUGUCCUAGCUUGGAUAACUCUACACACACCAAAGCCACGCUUCAUCCUCCAAGACGCCACCGUCUUCUCCUUCAACGUCUCCGGCGACCCACCGAACCUACUCACCUCCAGCAUCCAAACCACUCUCAUCUCUCGCAACGACAAGACAGGAAUCUACUACGACCGUCUCGACGUCUACGCUUCUUACCAGGACCAGCAGAUCACUCUCCCCACGUCGAUCCCGGCGGUUUAUCAGGGACACGAAGAGGUCAACGUCUGGUCUCCUUUCAUCGGUGGAAGAUCCGUCCCCAUCGCUCGGACGAACGGUUUGUCUCUUGUUCAGGAACAGUCACGUGGCGCUGUCAAGGUGUUGGUUCAUAUCGACGGGAAGAUUCGUUGGAAAGUUGGUCCUUUGAUCACCAGGACGUCUCAUCUCUUCGUUAAGUGUCCUGCGUUAAUCAGUUUCGGGAAUAGCGCCGCCGGAGCUAUCGUCUCGGGUAGAGGCGUCAAGUAUACGCUCGUUACCGUCUGCAGUGUUAGUGUCUGA